AUGUGCAUUUGCAUCGAGCAGAGUGCCUUUGCAGUUGUAGACCCGGUUCGAGAUGCGCCUUUGUUGCCAAGACUUCGGGUUGAAUUUGUGCCUUGUUCCAGGGCAUCAUGUUGCAACGAAGCCUUGGCUCGCUGGCGGCUGGUGCAUGCAACAUGUUUCACCCUGGCGCGGGGUGUGGUCCCCGCGCAAGUGGUUUGCCUCCGUUGUGAAAAGUGCGAGACUGUGUACGCUGGCUGCUGGCAGUGGUCCAGCGUGCCGGCCAAAAGCCGUUUUCCGGAGGGCUUCCAUAACCCGCGCUAUGUGGGUUUGCCGCAGGGCAAUCUGCGAUGGUUCUUCGCGCCCGGGCCUUGGCUUCACAUGACGCCGCAGAUCGUGUUCGAAAUUGCGCUCUUGGAUUUCCUCCUGGCCUUGGCGGCGCGGGCGGGCGUCACUCUGUCAGCCUUCCAUGCAGUUUACAUGGGCUUGUGGCCAUGGUCUUCGGAUGGCACGGCGCAUAGCCGCCGGGAACACUUUGUCAAGAAAACAAUUGUGAUCUUGAUCGUGUGGGCCGCUGUGCAGAUGUUCCUUGAAGCAGGCUUGAAUGUGUCGCAUGUCAUUUGGUAUUUGCGGCCACACCAUACUGCAAACGACUUUGCCAACAUCUUGCCUCUGGUUCGUGAAGCAUUCCAGACCCUGGCCCAAGCGCAUGCUUGUUACCUGUUUCGGCGGGUUCCUGCUGUCGUGGUGGACGGGAAAUGGUGUGUGCAGACGUUGCUUUGCAAUGCCCGUAAUGGGAAUCCUGUGUACGAGCCUGCCUUGCAGCUUGGUUACCUGCAAGGCUGCCGCUGCCGGCCACUUCGGGGAUCUAAGUACUGCGAAUAUCACAACGCAGCCGGACCUCGUCCUAAUGGCCCAGUGGAAGUGGAAAUUAUCGACCACCGGCAGGUCACGGAUGGACAAGGGGUUCACCUGCAGUACAAGAUCGGCGACGUGUGGCAUGCAGCGACUACAGUCGCCACGGGGGCCGUGCGGAAGUACGAGCUCCAGUUGUUGCGUCGCCAGGGGAGCCGUCAGGAUGACUCCAGCUGCAAUAAAGACGAACGCAAAGACACCGACGAGCCUUCCUGUGGCAGACGUACUGCUGGGAUCUUGGCGUUGCGAUUCGUCAUCUAUGACAACGCUUGUGCCGUGGUUCGGACGAUCCAGAAACGGACCAGGAAUGGAGCCAAUUGGGCUCAGCUAGCAGGCCUCAAGUGGGUCAUCGACCGGCUCCAUUUUACGUACCACAAGGCCUGCCAGGACCAAAGCAGCGGCUGGUAUGCGCCUGGCACCAAUCCAGCGGAGCAUCCAGAACUGCGAGGUAUCGACACAGAAGCGGCAGAGCAGGUCUUCAGUAUAGCCAAUCGUUGGCAGGUGCGGGGGGCAGGGUGCCCACUUCUGGUGGAGGCCAAACGACAGCGGCGACGGCUACUACUAGUACUCCUAAUAUAG